AUGAUCAUAACAACUAAUGACGUUCGUAGUGACUUUCACCGACGACUACGAGGCGUUAUGCGCACAAUUGAUGAGACGCUUGCAGUCGACAGCCGCCGAGCCCAUACCAACUCCCUCCCUAGAGCUAGAAGUAAUAGCCCUGAGAGAAGAAAUUCAUUUAGCCUCGUACCCCACCUGCCAUCGUGGACGGAGCGUCGCUCGGAGCAGCGACGGCAUGAGUUGCAAGCGGAGCGCGAGGAUGCACAGAGGUUACUAGACUCUUUGCGCUACGCACGAGAGAAGCGAGAGCCGCUGCGAGAUGAGACCACUGCGAACCGCUUGAGUGGCCCAGAUGUAUCUGUCGGCCCUUUGUGCCCUAGCUGCUCGGAGCGGCAAUGCCAAUGUGAAGCCUCGACGCCGUCUCCAAUGCGGUCACCACCGCUCUUGCUCAUUCCCACUAUAGAUCAGCACCAGCAGCGAAAUCAGGUUGAGGAGGAAGAAAAACAGUGCCACCAGCAAUGUAACAACAAUGACGUUGUGCCCACCGAAGUGUCUCCGCGUAUGGCGGAACUUGAAGAAGCGUCUAGGCAACGUCUUUUAGAGCGUCGCGCCGCAGAGGAAAAGCGAUUAGCAAUGCUGCGCGAGUUGCGUCGUUCGGCAGUGCUGGUACGCCAGCAAGCACUUGCGGAGGCCGAAGCGCAGAUCGAGCGGGCCGAAUCAGAGCGCAUCGCUAGGCUACAACAGUUGGAGGAGGAGGCGCGCUGCAGUGCAGCGGAGGCGCAAAAGCAUUGCGCUCUCACUGUAGAGGAGCUGCGUGCGAUUGAGGUUCACGGAAAGGAGCUCGCUGCUCUACGGGCACAUACAGGGAUUGGAAACUUGACUUCAUGGCCUGUCCGUCUUCCCCCCGCUGCUCCCCCCCAUCCCCCUGCUGCUGCUGCUGCUCCACUUCCUCUUCCACAGCCACCGUAUCGUACUGCUACUGAUCCUGUGUCGUCGUACGGUGAAUCAAUGGCAGUGAGCGCUACGCGACCACCGUCGUCAAAUAGAUCCUCGUCUAGUUCAACAUCUCCGCCAAUGUGGAGACAAGACUCGCCGUUGGAGGCUCCAGAGGUAGCGCGAGCGCCACCCCGUUCGUCUCGCCACACUAUCAGUCCUAUGGACAGGGUCCCCAGUCCUAACCACUUACUGCUGUCUCCUCAUAGACGUGUAGAGGAUUUGAUGCCGCCGCCAUCGUUGUCGUCCACUUCCUCAUCGGUAGUAUCCAAAUCAAUGACGACCUGCCUUGAUGGGGAGAGUCAGACGCCACGCAACACUCAUCCUCCUGGAUCGUCUUAUGUGCGUCGCCUCAUGUCUCCUUCCAUUUCGUCAUACAAGACCCCGGUAAGGGCUACAUCACCAAUCAUGUCGGUGUCUCAGGCUCUGGCCGUGCUACAGCGGCGUGGUGUCGUGACGGAUGUCCUACCGCGUGAAGGAAGAAUGAUACCGACGCUUUUACGACUUUCAGCGGAUCGGCAAGAGGUGCUCCUUCAAGUAGAGCGGUUAGAAAAGCUGGGCGACCCAUCUAAGGUAACAAUCACAAACACACCACCACGACAACGACAACAACAAUCACGGCAACGAGGACAAGAUGAAGGGACAGGUGGGUCUUUGGCGCGCCGGGUGCGGGAGGUGCAUCACUUUCCACUUGUGGACAGUCUUUUAUUGUAUCCUUUCGGCGUUCUGGGAAACGAUGCAAACGGAGUCAUCAGGGGCGUCUUGUGUGGUCGGAGCGCGCGACGGUGGCUGGUGAAAUUCUUCUGUACACUCUUUGCUCGCCCGGAGUCCUCGUCGUACCAUGUUUUCCUUAUAUCUCGCAACAGUACGCAGUGCACAAACGGUGACACCGGUAGGCCGUGGCGGCUGGAUGCGCCAGGCGCUGCCACGCUCCUACUGCUGCAGUUCCGCAGUCGGCGGGAGUGGGCAACAUUUCUGAGUCUGACUGCUGCGUCCACAGAGCAGGUGAAAGAAGGCCCUGCACUAACAUAUGGGCGGGCGCUGUGGAUGCUGGCAGCGCAUCUAUGGCAACAGCGGCGGCGUAGCGUUAACCCAGCAGUAGAAGAAGUACCAUUAUCAUCAUCAUCGCUUUUGAAGCCAUCGCAGGCGACGGCAAAACAUUUCAGGAGGCUGCCUGAUGCAGUGCUCUCAUUUUCCGCUGAUCCGAAAAGAAGGCGAAUGCCUGUUUUGCGCGCAUCCUCGCCUGAGGCUCGCGGAAGAAGCAGGGGCAUAUCGGUUGCGUCUAGACGCUUUGUGGUGCCUGUCGCACACGAGAAUGACGUUGGCGUUGGUGCGUCUCGAAGCUCGCGGAGCCGGCGGUUUGGCCUGCGGUCCACAGUCCACGUUGUCGCACCCUCCUCCGCGCCCACUGGUAGCCCGGCCGCCCUCAUGAAAUACGGGUAUUGA